AUGUUGUUUUUAGGCUUCAUCGAGUCGCCAGGGUAUCCUUCGACGUACUCGGGAGGCCUCGACUGUGUCUUCAAUCUGACGACGGCGCCAUCCAACGUCCUGCAGCUCGCUUUCGUGUCUUUCGACAUCGCCGAGAAGAAUCCGCACAGUGGUCAGUGUCUCGACGCCUACCUAAUUGUCGUCGUCGUCGACCGCCAAGGUAGUCUGUUCUUUUCGAAAAAAAUCUGUGCUCAGACUCUUAAAGACUGCAUGUUUAAAAGAAGAAAGUAUCAAAAAAUAUAAAUUCGGACAGCGGCGGAAAAUGAAGUGUUUUGUACGCAGUGCACACGAUACACAAGUAGCGACGCGCAAAAAGCGAAAUUGAUUUUUUUAAAAAAUCAAUUAAAAAAAUAAAUCAUAAAAAAAUUUUUUUAUUAGAAUCAAGUUUUUUUAUAGCUUUAUUUAUCCAGGGAUUGCCGAAAUACAAUUCUACAGUAUUAUUAUUUUGAAAAGAAACAAAAAUCAAAUCUCGCACUCAAAUGGAGAGUACUAAUUCCUUUUAGAACUAAUAUUCUAUUUCAAUCCUCAAAAUAAUAACCCUGAAUUUCCUCCUAUUUACUACCAUUUACGAUAACAGGAAGACAUCACGUGGGAGAGAGACUGUGUGGGAGCACGCUUCCACUGCCGAUCUACACGAUGCAGUCCUGGCUCCAGGUUUCUUUGUUUCAAUUUCUCUCAAUUGUGUCUUUUUCCGCUUGUAGGUCCAGUUUGUGAGCACAUCGGCCUCAACCGCUCACAAAGGAUUCCGAAUACAGUACCGCAUGCUUUCUGAAGGUAAACUCUCUCAUUUUUAUUGUUUUAAAGUUCAGUAACAAGGUCAAUGUCUAAAUCAAAAGUUUCUCAUUUUUUUUAAGCUGCCAUUCGUGAACCUGAAUCUUUCGUCGAUGAGCAGUUUUCCGGAUGUGGUGGUCAUACGGAACCCGGCCAACUUUCAGGUUUGAUUUUUGAAUAAACUCUCCUUUUCACUCUCAAUAUGAUACAUUUCGCUUCAACAGUUUAGUUUAUGGCCAAAAUUUCAGAAGAUUCAGGGAUCAGCUUUUAGUAAAAUGUACUAGCAAUUCGUAGACAGAAAUUUUGUUUUUCGAGCAUUUUCCGGCUUUGAGUUUGAUUAAGCCCAUUUUUACAAAUAUUUACAAAAUUUGCAAGAAUCUUUCCUCGUUUUUUUUUCUAGCUGAGGGGUAAGGAAAAAAUACGUUCAGAUAUUCCGGAAGCAACCGAAUAGUCUUUUUUUUCUUUUGAAGAGCAGACCUGCUCACAUUGAACUUCUUGUGGAAUACAGAAUAAACUGUUAAAAUGUUUUGAAAAUAUCUACUUUGCACCUUGAAUGCACUUGGAUCCUGAAUGUAACGCGAAACAAAUAAUUUUUGUAAAUUUCUUUCAAGUAAUAAAAUUUGGCAAAAAUUCUUGAAAGUUUUUACUCACGAUUCUAUUGAUUUUUGUAGACAUCAUAAGGUAGGGUCCAAUUGAGAUUUAGGAGCUAAGUAGUCAGACCUUAAACCCCUGAAGAGACCACCUUAGUAUUACCUUUAUAGGGACCACUUUUUCGACCCCUAUAGGGCUGUUUUUCUCUCUAAUCCCUAUGGGGACCACUCUAAAAAUCCUAGAGGAAGCGAAUUGUGUCGAACUCGAUUGAAAGUAUACACUUCAGGGGUGAUCGUGUCGCCGGGCUACCCCACGACGUAUCCGGCCAACAGUUCGUGCAACUGGCUGAUCAGAGUCGAGGCCCGACAAAGAAUUUACAUCCGCAUCGCUCAUCUCCACCUGGCUCCAACCAUCGGUCAGGUUUUCCCUUCCUUCAGUUCUCAGUACGGCGGAACUCCGAAGUGGUCCCUAUAGGGGCAACCUUAGGAGCCCUUGGAGGGUCCUCUCUAGCGACCAUAUUACCGAUCCCUAUAGGGACCACCUUGAUUUUACCCCUCUAGGGACGACUUUUUGGCCCUUUCAGGGCUGUUUGUCCCUCUAACCCCUAUAGGCGUACUCUAAAAUUCCUACGAACAACGGCAAAGAUUUCCUUCUCAAGUUUGCCAAGUUCUUCUCAAAUCCCUUUUCUUGCCAUUGUCCCCACGGCUCGAAGUUGAACAAUGGGUUUCAGCCGAAUGCGAACGCGCUUCUCUCACCAUCACCGACGGGUACAAACACGAACAAAUCGAGAGGAGGGUUGGUUCCUUGGAAACUCAAAAAGAAACAAGUAGUUGUUCUCAGGAUGCAGGCGAGUCGGAAGCUCGAUUUUGCGGCAGCCAGUUAUAUUACUCGGAAGAGGGAAUGAAAAGCUACCUUUCAAGCGCAAAUCGGAUACUUAUACGGUUGGUUUUUUGGUUUCCUGUGUAAUUGAAUAAUCGUUUUCUUUCCUUUUUCAACUGCCUCGAUUUUCAGAAAUUAUCUUUCUGAAGCUUUUUAUCGACCCUUUUUUUUGAAACAAAGUUCUUGGAUUUUCACGAUUUUAAUUUCCUUUCUGAAUUCUGAUUUUUUUUUCACUCCAAAGAGCCUAGUACUUUGUGAGGGGGGGAUCUUAAAGAUCUAAGACUUAGAGGCCAAUUUUUAAGAACUUCAAAUUCUUGAUUAAAAAAACAUCAAAAAUUGAAUUUAAACAAUCUCUAUUUUUUUUCUUCUAAACUGGUAAUCAGGGGUCUCAAAGGUAUUACAAGCUUAGGAUCUCCACAGUGGUCCCUAUAGGGGCAACCUCAGGGGCCCUCUGAGGGUCCCCCCUAGGUACCACUUCACCAACCCCUAUACCAUCCUAGUUUUACCCCUAUAGGGAUCACUUCUUCAUUGGGGGCUGUUUUUCUCUCUGACCCCUAUAGGGACCCUCUGGAAUCCCCUAGUGAUCCGAAACGAUGGGUUUGAGCUACGCGCCCCUGUGCUUGAUCAUUUUUACUGAAGUUUUUUAACUAUGUUGAUUCUUAUUCUCUUUUUUAAGCUUUGAUUAAUGAUCUUUGAAGUAAUUUUUCCCAUUUUUGCUCAGCUGCUUCCAUGAGCCUGCUAGUUGAAAGUAGACAUUGAGAAAUGAACAAUCUCCUUCUGAAACAAAGAACGGAUGAAAGCGUUCGUAUUGACUGUACACAAGGUCGGAUGAAUCCCCCGAGGCGGAAGAUGUUUUGAGAGACACCAGAAAGACGAGGCUAAUGAGAUAAGAGCGGCAGAAAUACUUAACCGAGCGAGCAUAAGCGGAAACGCGAGCCUCCCCAAACGCACAGCCGCACGUUUAAUGCAAUUUAGUGAGGCGCUGCCCUCGGCCGUGACGUCUUCAUUUGCAUCGCCUCGUGUCGUGUGCAACCGUGGGACUUUUUGCUUUUUCCCUGUCGGAGGUGUUUCAUUCGAAGAGUCGAGUUUCAAAAGAUCAAACCACUCGGGAAAAGUCAGAUGGGUGGAUAAUGACAGCUAAAGGGAGAAAUUCGAAAAAGGCAGCAGAACGAGUUCCUUUAUCGAGCUUUCCAUUUUUUUUCUAGAGCUUUAAAAGCUCAAUAAUUGGUGGAAAAGAGAGAGGCAGCAAAAAUGGUGCAUAAGAGCCGAUGAAAUGGCGAAAAGGCAGCAAAAUGGGAACUAUUUUGAUGGCACACUUGCAUUCACUUGCCUUUAAAGACCGCCAGUGGAGGCCGUCUUAUUAUAGGCGAAAUUGGAAGGACCCUUUACGUGCCCUUUGAGAGUCUGUUACAGGCGCAAAGGGUUUCCUUUUUACUGCCUUUUUACUUAACGUUAACUAUGAUGUCUAAAUAUUUUUUUUUCUCCUGUUCAUUAAUUUCUUUCUCAUUUUAACGAGAUUGUUUUAAAAAAAAAGGUUUUUCAGAAUGGUAACUCGAGAUCGGCCUGCAAAGUCAAUGAUGAUGUCUGACGAGCGGAUUGGAUUCAAAGUUUGUCAAUUUUCAUUAUUUCUGUCCUUUUUUUGUAGCUUUAUGAAGUUGUUGUGAAAAUGCUGAUUCAUAAAAUUAUGGUGAAAAUGCUACUUCAGCUUUUAAAAGUGGUCUUUAUAGUAAUUUUAGUUAGUGGCCCUUAUAGGGAAUGCUAGUCGAUAAUUGUUAGUAGAAGCAUUUCCGUGCGAAAAACUAAUCAAAUAAUCUUGUUUGAAUAAAUUUGAGAGACCCCUCUAGGGACCACUUGAGCUUUAAGGGGGGGGUCAGACCCUAAACCCCUAUAGACACCACUUUCUCGGCUCCUUGAGGGGCUGUUUUUCUUCUAACCCCUAUAGGAGCCACUUAAGCUUUUACCCUCUAUCCCCUAUAGGAGCUACUUAAAUCUGACCCUAAACCCCUGAAGGGACUACCUUGUUUUUGCACCUAUAGGAACCUUUUUUUCGGCCCUAUAGGGGCUCUUUUUUAUUUUCCCAUGACUCCUAUAGGGAUCACUCUUUUGAAUUACUAUCUUUUUGUGAUGAAAAAAAGUUUUUCAGAUAGUUUGGACGGCCGUUGAAGGGCUGAUUGGAGACCAGACGCCAGUCAUCAACUUGGACGAAUCUGCGGCGUCGGAAGAGCUGCAGACUUGCAAGGAACAGUUCGUCUGCCACGGGGGCCAGGUCUGCGUCGAACAGGUACUUUCCCCGUUUUCAUUCCAACUUCAUAAUAAGGUCUGCUAGGGUCACGGAAUCUGUGCGUCGAGAUCCCGUCUUUGCAUCCACAGCUCGUUGGUCUGCGACGGCGUCCACAACUGCGUCGAGGGGGAUUUCUCCGACGAGCAGCAUUGUCCGUUUUUCAACCUUUUCUGUCUUGAAUUUGACCAUCUCUGUGCUCAUUUACGCAAUCAAAAAAUUGAACGUUUUCUUAUGAUCUCCAGAGUGGUCCCUAUAGGAGCGAGCUUAGGGGCCCUAGGAGGGACCGCUUUACCCACCCUUCUAGGGGCCACUUACUCUUGCUAAAGGGGUCCCUAUAGGGGACAUGCUAGUCGAUAAUUGUUAUAAACUCUAAGCGAAGAAGCAUUUCCAGGCGAAAAACUCAAUAAAUAAGCGUUUUUAAAAUGAAAUUUGAAGACCCCUACAGGGAUCACUAAGGCUUGAGAAGCUAAGAGGCCAGACCCUAAUUUUCGGCCGCUAUAAGGGCUGUUUUUCCCUUGAACCCGAUAGGGACCACUCUGCAAUUUAUAAGUUCAUGUUCAAAAUUUAAGAAAACUAUUUUUAAAAAAAACUGUUUCGCAAUUCUUUUCGUUAUCAGUGCAACUACUGAACUUUUUGUUGUCAGGACUGGAAAUAGUACAUAGGACUUCCAGAGCGGUCCCUAUAGGGGUUAGGGAGGAAAAAAACUUCUACAGGGGUGGAAAUGCUCCUUCGCAUAACAAGUUAUCGAUUAGCCUCUAUAGGGGCCACUAACUAGAACUAUUAUAGCACUUUUUCAAGCUUUAAUAGCCCCUAUAGGGGUUGGUAAAGUAGUCCCUAGAGGGGUCCCUCCAAGGGCCUUUAAGGUUGCCUGUAGGGACCAUUUGGAGUUCCUACGUAUGUAUAAGAAGUGCAUUUUCUUUUUUUUUUCUUCAUUUAGUCAACUGCAGGUUACUCGCGGGAAAUCGCGACGGCUGCUGGCGUCGGAUUUGCCGGAAUCGUAGUGGCGAUGCUGGUUUUUGUGUGUUGCGAUCAGUUGCGGAAGCGACGACGCCUUCGCGCCAUGAUCCGCGAACGAAGGACGGCGGCCAACGGUAAGUGCGGCGAGCCCAUCAGCCAAGUCUCAAUCGCGGUGCCAGUCCGGCUGCCGCCCAACAGGUGA